AUGUCAAAUCGCCACAUGUCUCCAGCGUGUGAAAGGUGGCCGUUUCCGUGGGGCAUGAGUAACAUGGACUCCCCCACCAACGAACCUCGGCCAAUGCGACUGCCAUUUCUUGAGGCUGACCUGCGGCUGCAAUCGAUGUGCGGGGGCUCGAUGCAGCAGCCUGUUCGGCGCAGCCUCCCUCGGCCCAGGCUGCUACCGCCUCCUGCCGCCCAGCUCCCGUUGCCUCUGCCGGCCUAUCCCCCGAUCGAUGCUGUCGGGCCUCCAGCAGCCAUUUUAAGCGGGGAGAGACCCAGGCCAAGAGACGGACCGGCUGUUGGAAGACAACCUUUGCUCACAAUGUAUAGACCAAAAGUAAGCCUGAAGGACAGACAACAGCUUUACAAGCUCAUCAUUAGUCAAUUACUGUAUGAUGGAUACAUCAACAUUGCUAAUGGUUUGAUAAAUGAGGUAAAGCCACAGUCUGUCUGUGCACCAUCUGAGCAGCUGUUGCAUCUGAUUAAAUUGGGAAUGGAGAAUGAUGACAGUGCAGUUCAGUAUGCCAUUGGGCGCUCUGACACCGUCGCUCCAGGCACAGGCAUUGACUUGGAAUUUGAUGCAGAUGUACAGACUAUGUCCCCAGAGGCCUCUGAAUAUGAGACAUGUUAUGUCACAUCUCACAAAGGACCAUGUCGUGUAGCUACCUAUAGCAGAGAUGGACAGCUAAUAGCUACAGGAUCAGCUGACGCAUCAAUAAAGAUACUUGAUACAGAGAGAAUGUUGGCAAAGAGUGCUAUGCCUAUUGAGGUCAUGAUGAAUGAAACGGCACAGCAGAACAUGGAAAACCACCCUGUUAUUAGAACUCUUUAUGAUCACGUGGAUGAGGUGACAUGUUUAGCUUUUCAUCCAACCGAACAGAUCCUUGCCUCUGGAUCAAGGGAUUACACGCUUAAAUUGUUCGAUUAUUCAAAACCGUCUGCUAAAAGAGCCUUCAAAUAUAUCCAGGAAGCAGAAAUGCUACGUUCUAUCUCUUUCCAUCCUUCUGGAGACUUCAUACUUGUUGGUACCCAGCAUCCUACCUUGCGACUGUAUGACGUCAAUACUUUCCAGUGUUUUGUGUCUUGCAACCCUCAAGAUCAGCACACUGAUGCUAUAUGCUCAGUUAAUUACAAUGCAAGUGCUAACAUGUACGUGACGGGCAGCAAAGAUGGAUGCAUCAAACUAUGGGAUGGUGUUUCAAAUCGCUGUAUCACCACUUUUGAGAAAGCUCACGAUGGAGCUGAAGUUUGUUCUGCCAUCUUCUCCAAGAAUUCCAAGUAUAUUCUGUCGAGUGGAAAAGACUCUGUAGCUAAACUAUGGGAGAUAUCUACAGGGAGAACCCUGGUCAAAUAUACAGGAGCUGGCUUAAGUGGACGUCAAGUUCAUAGGACCCAGGCAGUCUUCAACCACACAGAAGACUACGUGCUUCUUCCCGACGAAAGGACCAUCAGCCUGUGUUGCUGGGACUCAAGAACAGCUGAACGGAGGAAUCUCCUUUCCUUGGGACAUAACAGUAUAGUUCGCUGCAUCGUCCACUCUCCCACCAAUCCUGGUUUCAUGACAUGCAGUGAUGACUACAGAGCUCGGUUUUGGUACCGAAGGUCAACCACAGACUAAAGCUGGAUUUAUGAAAUAGCCAUCUGGAUUUUAUAUUAUCCCCACCACCACCACCACUUUUUUAAAACUUUGAAUUUAAACAGUUUGGACUAAAUUUUCUCGACAAACAAGAAAAAACAACAAAAAAAUCCUUACUAGAAGGAUAGCUUUAAAGUUGUGUCCAUAUAUUCAAAACAGCAGCUUAAAAUAGGCAGGUUUUUGUUGUCUACCUGUGCACGCUUUAUAGCCAGGUUGCACUCAGCAUUCCCUAGCCGGGAUUGGUCUUCUGUUUUUAAGAAGCCUUGGCCUCCAUUGUUUUGAUUAAGUGUGCCCUUAACUGCUGUUUUGUAUAUUUUUAUUCCUUUUUCCUUUCUGGUCAUCUAGCUGUAAAAUGGAUUUUUGUGCCGUUCUUUUGGGCUUUUAAAAAAACGUUGUUCUUUAGAUGAUGUAGAUCAAUUAAACUAAAA